UGACUGUAUAGUCCCCGCCCAGACCCUACAAAAUCGGCGGUUCCCGGCGCGCCACGGAGAAAGAAACGGCGACGACCAGAGCAUGAACUGACAAGAAACGGCGACGACCAGAGCAUGAACUGACAAGAAACGGCACACAAAGAACCAGAACUUUUCCGACGACUCAAAGCGACUUUCUUAAUUAUAAACCAAAAGCAGAUUGACUAUUACGACAUUUAUUUCCACGAAAGAGACACUCGCGAACAAGCAAGGGAGCUUACAGUACCAACGCGAAAGAGCAGUUUCCUGUUCGGAACAGAACAGAGUUUCCAAGAAUUUCGAUGAACAAAUUCCACGGUUUGCUUUCGAAUCGCGUCUCCUUGUCGAUUAAGGCAUGUUCGCGUUAGAUUCACCUCCAUUGAUAAGAGGCGCAUAAUUCCACUCCAUGGAGGCGAUAGCUUCGUAAGGAAGGCACUUAACUUGCCCAUCAAGUUUGGAGUGAUUGUAUAGACUUUCUGCUUCCUGGGUUUUGCUUUUUAGUCUUCUUAAACAACUGGGGUCCCACUCAUUGUACGGAUAUUCGUGUGCCCAUCGAAGGACCAAGACAUCAUUCGCUUAAAGAAGCACGUAGCGUAGUGUUUUUCAUUUUUCCUCCUCAUUCUGCUGUGCUCUGCUUAUUACAGUAUCUGACAAAGUUCAUUCAGCUCUGUGAUAUUUAAUUUCUACCUGGAGUUGGGUUUAGGAUGCCUGAUGGAGAGAUCAAUUCUACGACUGCCGAUAGCGUCAAUUUUCAGCCCACUAGCUCUGCGUCGGUCGAGAGAUUUAUGGGUCUGUCUCCGGUGGAUGAUCAGGGAGCGGGUUCAAGUAUAAGAACAUCAGGCAAAGAUCCAAGGAGAAUCGCAAGGAAAUAUCAAUUGGAGCUAUGCGAGAAAGCUUUGGAAGAGAAUAUCAUUGUUUAUCUUGGGACAGGCUGUGGGAAGACUCACAUUGCUAUACUUCUGAUAUACGAGAUGGGCCACUUAAUCAGGAGGCCCCAGAAGGGUAUCUGUGUUUUUCUGGCUCCUACCGUUGCUUUAGUUCAGCAGCAAGCAAAAGUUAUAGAAGAUUCUAUAGAUUUCAAGGUCAAGGUCUACUGUGGAGGUUCCAAAUGCUUGAAUAGCCAUUAUGAUUGGGAAAGAGAGAUGGAAGAAUAUGAGGUUUUUGUCAUGACCCCUGAAAUAUUACUGCGUAAUUUACACCACUGCUAUAUCAGGAUGGAGUUUGUUGAACUUCUAAUAUUUGAUGAAUGCCAUCAUGCCCAAGUCAAAAGUGACCAUUCUUAUGCAGAAAUCAUGAGAGUGUUUUAUAAAGCAAAUGAGCAUAAACGACCCCGGAUAUUUGGCAUGACUGCAUCUCCAGUUGUAGGAAAAGGUGCUUGCAAUCAGCAAAAUUUAUCCAAGAGCAUCAAUAGUCUUGAGAAGUUACUUGAUGCAAAGGUUUAUUCAGUUGAAGAUAGGGAAGAACUGGAAGCGUUUGUGUCAUCACCACGUUUUAAAAUCUAUUAUUAUGGUCCUGUUGCAACUGGGUCGUCUAGCUCAUUUAUGACUUACUGUUGCCCACUUGAGGACGUGAAAUGCCAGUGUAUAGUGGCUCUUGGUCAGAUGAAAGGUGAACACGAAGGACUGCUGGCCACCAAGAAACUGUUGUGCAGGAUGCACAAAAAUAUCAUAUUUUGUUUGGAAAACCUUGGUGUUUGGGGGGCAUUGCAGGCCAGUAAAAUUCUCUUAAGUGAAGAUAACUCUGAGCGAAGUGAAUUGAUAGAGGCAGCAGCGGCAAACCCAAAACAUGACUCCAUAAGUGAUAGAUAUCUUAAUCAAGCUGCUGAAAUUUUCGCAUCGGGUUGCAAGAUAGAUGCUGGGGUGUCAGAUAUGUUAAAUGUUGAUAUUUUGAAAGAGCCAUGUUUCUCAAAGAAGCUUUUACGGCUUAUUGGAAUUCUUUCUUCCUUCAGGCAUCGACCCAACAUGAAGUGUAUAAUUUUUGUGAAUAGAAUAGUUAUAGCUAGGUCCUUGUCGUACAUACUUCAGAACCUCAAAUUUCUGGCAUAUUGGAAGUGUGAUUUUCUCGUCGGAGUCCACUCAAAGUUGAGGAGCAUGUCAAGGAAGACCAUGAACCAUAUUCUUACAAAAUUCCGAUCAGGAGAGCUAAACCUUUUGAUUGCAACGAAGGUUGGUGAAGAAGGGCUUGAUAUUCAGACCUGCUGUCUUGUGAUACGAUUUGAUCUUCCUGAAACAGUAUCUAGCUUUAUACAAUCAAGAGGUCGAGCACGAAUGCCUCAGUCUGAAUAUGCCUUCCUUGUUGAUAGUGGAAAUGAAAAGGAGCUAGGGUUGAUAGAUGAGUUUCAUAAAGAUGAAAAACGGAUGAACAGAGAAAUUUCUUCUCGCUCAUCCGUUGAGACAUUUGAUGGUCAUGAAGAAAGCAUCUAUAGAGUGAUUUCAACUGGUGCGUCUGUCACUUCUGGAAGAAGUAUAUCUUUACUACAUGAAUAUUGCUCAAAACUUCCACAUGACACGUACUUCGACCCCAAGCCGAAGUUUUUCUAUUGUGAUGAUUUAGGAGGAACUAUAUGUCAUGCAAUUCUGCCCUCCAAUGCACCGAUCCCCCAAAUUGUCAGCAGACCACAGCCUUCUGGGGUUGCUGCUAAAAAGGAUGCUUGUCUAAAAGCUGUAGAGGAAUUGCAUAAACUUGGUGCUCUCAGUGACUAUCUCUUGCCCAUGAGAGACAAUGCCAAUGAAGGGGAAUUAGAACUUGACUCUGAUUCUGACAGCUCCGAAGAUGAGACUUCGCGACGGGAGCUUCAUGAGAUGAUAUCUCCUGCUGCUUUCAAAGAGUCUUGGACUGGCUUUGGAUAUGUUAUUCUUUACUGUUACCAUAUUAAAUUUACUCCAAAUCCUGAAGAUAGGAUCUACAAAGAAUUUGGGUUAUUUGUGAAGGCACCACUUCCCCAGGAGGCUGUGAGAAUGGACCUUGAGCUUCAUCUUGCACAUGGAAGAUCUGUAAAGGUAAAUUUGAUGCCAUCAAGGGUCGUCGAGCUUAUGGAGAAUGAGAUUACCCAGGCUGAGUGUUUUCAGGAGAUGUUUCUUAAGGUCAUUUUAGACAGAUCAGAAUUUGUUCACGACUACAUUCCAUUGAGGAAUAAUGUCUCUAGAUCUAUUUCAUCGACAUCUUACUUGUUGCUUCCUGUGAUUGUCCACGAUAUUGAGGGAUCGGUUUUCAUAGAUUGGAAAGUUAUUAGAAGAUGUUUAUCCUCCCAAAUUUUCCAGAAUCAUGCAUGCUCUAUCGUCAAAGAAACUGCUUCCUCGGAUACCCAUUUGAUCCUUUAUGAUGGCCGUAGAAGGUCGAGUGAUAUCGAGAAUAGUUUAGUGUACGUCCCCUACAAGCGUGAAUUCUUUUUUGUUACUAACAUUGUGAGGAGGAAGAAUGGAUACAGCCAAUACAAGGACUCAGGGUCCUUGAGUCAUUUUGAGCAUUUAAAGACCAGGUUUGGCAUUCAACUUAAAUACCCUGAGCAGCCUCUUCUUUGUGCAAAACCCCUAUUCAGUUUGCACAACUUGCUACAUGAUAGAAAGCAGAAAGAUUCUGAAGCACCUUAUCUGGAAGAAUAUUUUAUCGAUAUCGCUCCCGAGCUUUGUCAAUUGAAGAUAACUGGAUUUUCGAAAGACAUCGGGAGCUCUAUAUCUUUGUUGCCAUCAAUUAUGCAUCGUCUAGAAAAUUUGCUUGUUGCUAUUGAAUUGAAGUGUAUGCUAGCGGCUGGUUUUCCAGCAGGAGCUGAGGUUACUGCUAACAGAAUUCUAGAAGCUCUCACCACUGAGAAGUGCCAGGAACGAAUUUCCCUGGAAAGGCUUGAAAUACUUGGUGACUCUUUCCUUAAAUUUGCCGUAGCAAGGUACCUUUUUCUCGCCCACGAUAAGUUCGAUGAAGGAGAACUUACACGACGACGUUCUUAUUUGGUGAAAAAUAUCAAUUUGUUCAAGCUAGCAACUAGAAAGAAUUUACAGGUAUACAUACGUGACCAGCCAUUUGAACCUAGCCAAUUUUAUUUACUUGGUCGUCCUUGCCCAAGAAUUUGUAACGAGGAAACACGAAACGAUAUCCAUUCUCACGAUAAUGCAACAAAUAAUGCAAAAGCUAGUGAGACCAAGUGCAGCAAAGGCCAUCACUGGUUACAGAAGAAAACGAUCAGCGAUGUGGUCGAAGCUCUGGUAGGAGCAUUCCUAGUCGACAGUGGCUUCAAAGCUGCAAUUGCAUUUCUCAAAUGGAUCGGCAUAAAAGUAGAAUUCGAAGCUUCGCAGGUUACCAAUGCUCUCGUGGCAAGCAAGGCUUACGUCCUACUUGCAGAUACUAUAAACAUUUCUGCACUUCAAAGCUCAUUAGGCUAUAAAUUUCUCCAUAAAGGUCUGUUGCUGCAGGCGCUCGUACAUCCGACUUACCACAAGCACGGAGGAGGUUGUUACCAGAGAUUAGAGUUUCUUGGGGACGCCGUCCUGGAUUACUUGAUCAUGUCGUAUCUAUAUUCAGCAUAUCCUAAGCUGAAGCCGGGUCUAUUGACGGAUUUGAGAUCAGUGUUUGUGAGGAACGAAGCUUUUGCCAACGUUGCGGUCGAUCGAUUCUUCUACAAGUUUCUGCUUUGUGAUUCUGCUAGCCUUCAAAGUGAUAUAAAAAGUUAUGUAGACUUCAUCAAAUCACUUCCUUCGGAAAGAGAUUCGCUCGAGCAGCCGAGAUGUCCAAAGCCUUUGGGAGACUUGGUGGAGUCUAGUGUUGGGGCCGUUCUUGUUGAUACAGGGUUUGAUAUGAACUAUGUCUGGAAGAUAAUGUUAUCAUUUCUGGAUCCUAUCAUGAGCUCUUCAGGCUUCCAGCUUAGUCCUAUUCGCGACAUAAUCGAAGUUUGUCAAAAUUGUGGCUGGAAACUUCAGUUUAAUCCAUCGAAAAUGGAAAAAUAUUACUCGGUUGAAGCAGAGGUGAAAGGGGACGACUUUCAUGCCACGGCUUCUGCUGUCAACCGUCGAAAGAAAGACGCCGAGAAAAUCGCUGCCAACUCUAUACUCACGAAGUUGAAGGCUCAAGGAUUCAUACCUGAGGUGAAUUCAUUAGAGAAGAUUUUAAAGUCGAGCGAGAAGAUGAAACCUAAAUUGAUUGGUUAUGAUGAAACGCCCUCGGUCACGAUGGAUCAAAUCGACGAUGGCUUAGAAUUUUCUGGUGCAGACUUAGAUCCUCGUGUGCACCAUGAAGUUGGGAAUUCUCAUCCAUUUCGUAUUACACGGAUGAGUGAAACGCUGGCUUCUUCAUCUGGAGCUGCAGGAGAACAGCUGAAGCCUAGCAUCCCCCUUGAAGGUCAUGAUAGUUCAACAGACUUGCUGUCGUCGUCGUCGUCGUCAUCGUCAUCAUCGUCAUCGUCAGGUCGGUCGGGGAAAACAACGGCAAGAUCUCGUCUGCAUGAAGUUUGUGCCAUAAACCAUUGGAAUCACCCUUCAUUUAACUGCAUGAAUGAGGAAGGACCAAGCCAUUUAAAGAUGUUCACAUACAAGGUUGUGUUGGAGAUAGAAGAAGCCCCCGAUACGAUUUUCGAGUUCUUCGGAGCACCACAUUUGACGAAGAAGGCGGCAGCGGAGCAUGCAGCAGAAGCAGCUCUUUGGUACUUGAAGAAGGAAAGGUACUUGGGUGACACAGAUUGAUUGGUGAAAGGCAUUCCCUGUGGAUAGCUAAUGUGCAACUGUGGUAGCAUACAACAUAUGAAUAGAGCCAUAAAGAUUGUACAGAAAAGUUGUCUAUUUUAUCAACUCUGAGCGAGGACUCUCUAAUUUAUCCAUUUAUUCUGCCUUGUAAGAUGUAAGUUCUGGACAUACUUUUGGGGUUCCCCAUUGUUUGAGAUUAAUAUGAAAGCAAUUAACCUAAA